CAAGUGAAAUAAUGACACAGGAGAAAUAUCUGUAGUCAGCAGGAUAAAAGGCAGCUGAGGCUGUCAGCCUGAACACAGCAGCUGGUCCUGAACGAGGCCACCUGUAUUUCAUCAUCAUCAUCACGAUGACCAUGAAGUUGCUCAGUCUCUCUCUCGCACUCUGUGCCAUCCUGACCGUGAACCAAGCAUGCCCAAUCAACUCCACUGUCCCAAGACAAUGGGGCCUUUGUAAGUACGAAAAAGACCACCUCCCCAUCCUCCCCCCUGUUGGGAUGUUCAUUCCCCAGUGUGACACGUAUGGGAAUUUCCUACCGCGGCAGUGCUGGGGGUCGACCGGGGCAUGCUGGUGUGUCAAGGUCUUCACUGGAGAGGAGAUACCGAACACGAGGACAGGGCCCGGGGCCACGCCUGUUGAUUGUGGAGUUAUAAUCCCCUGCCCCAAAAACUGGUUCUACUUUUCCGGAACUUGUUUCAUCUUCCACCCCAACCCAAAGACAUGGCCAGAAGCUCAGGCUUUCUGUUCAUCUGAAGAGGCAAACCUGGCAUCAGUCCACAGUUAUGAGGAGAAUGAAUUCGUCCGAGCUUUGACUCAAACUGGGCCAAACUUCCCCGAAACCUGGAUCGGUGGCUAUCAUGCUGUACAGCCCUCUUUUUGGUUGUGGAAUGAUGGCUCCAGGUUUGACUACGAGAACUGGUUCGAGGAGACCAACAUUUUCAGUUCCUGUCUGAAGAUGAAUUUUGGAUUGCAUUGGAACUGGAUACAAGCCUCAUGCAAUGAGACUCACCCUUUUGUCUGUGGCAAGAAGAUCUGAACCCGACAAUCAAAGAUUGAUGUCUGACCUCCCAGGCUACGCCUCGCUGGGUCCAACAGUUGGAGUUCCUCCUGCUGCUCUCUUUCCUUGUUUUUAAUCAUCCAUGAUCAAUAGAUAUGAGUUGAGUAAUUCUGCUUA